AUGGACGCCGCGCUAAUGGAAGCGCGGCUGCGCGCGUUCUACGCCAAGCACAACCCCGACAACGACCAGAACAUUGCUGAGAUUGUGCGCAAAUUCACCGGUCGUGAGCGUCAAUUAUGCGAAAAACUCGUAAAGAAAUACGGAGAAGCACCUGAUUUUACGUCUCCAGGAGGCAGCAGCGACCAAAUUAAAGAUAUUAAGGCAGAGAAGGCAGGAAUGAUCGCAGAGCUCAAGUACCAGAGAGAUUUCAUACCGUACGCACUGCCCAAAGUUACUAAGAGCUUCUUGGAUCUUCGAUCAGCUGAGUUUGAUGCUCUUAAAGCUCUUCAAGCCCCUACAAAGCUCCUAAAGUUGCCCGUGCCGACGAGUUAUCCAUUGGAUAAUAUCCAAAAAUGUCGUCAUUUGUUACCAGAGUCGGAUGUGAAUUACCAGAGUCUUGUUAGUAGACUCAAGAAAUCAAGAUCAUCAGCAUCUGAAGUCAAAGCAGCUAUGGUGAAGAAGACAAUCGAAAAGACCUCGCCGUCGCUGUUUGAACAACUUGCAGAUACGUACGUGGACGAACCUUUUCGUGUACUUCGUCGGUGUUUCCUUGAACGGAUGAAGGUGUUUGUCGUUAUUCGUCGUGUAAAUAGUGUGCGUGGCACAUGUUUCGGAUUCUUAAAGGCGUUUGAUAAACACAUGAAUCUGGUCUUGCUGGAUGUCACGCAAGAGUUUAUUUCACAUAACACUCAUGAAAAACUUCGGCAAGAGGUACGGGAUGGUAAACGUGCUGCUAGUGAUGCUGUAUUCUCAGCAGCAGAUAGACACCGUAAUCGACAUGUACUUGCUGGUGCUGGAGGUACACAACGCGAGUACGUCAAGCAGCUAUUUAUCCGCGGCGACAACAUUGUGUCCGUCAGUGCUGGAUUUGUCAACACAUCCAAUAUUCGGCCACGAAAUACGUCUAGACCCAACAUGCGACGGUUUCCGAAGAUGACAAGGUAA